UCAUCAUCCGUCUCCAAAAUUUCUAGGGAUUUUGUUGUGUGUUUCCGACAGUAACGAUUUCGCUCAUUCUCUGAAAAGAACAAAUCUUGGGCUUCUUAUGAAGUACGUCGAAUCCAACGCUUCCCUCAUCGAUCUCGUACUCACUGUCGGCUGAAAAUAGUUCGCUGUGACGCUCAUGAUCUUCGAAUCCGCAAAGUCGUCGUUUUCCUCAGACAUGGAAGGAGAUAUGAUGUUCCAGGUCUCAAAUUUAGGACCCAACUGCUCUGAGAUUCGAGACGUACCUGCUACAAUCAACAACAUCGGUAACAUUUCGAUGAAAAACAAUCACCACCCAAGAAAAGAAGCAAGCUUUAUAUCAAGUCAUGGUGAUGAUCUUGACAACAUCGAGUUCACAAGAAAGAAGAAAACGAAGAAGAACAACCCAGAAACUGAAGCAUUUUCUACAUCAGACCACUCUUGUUUUGAAGCCCAUGUCUCAGCUACGAAUUGUUUGGACUUUCGUCUACAAGAUUCCACAAGCUCAGAUGCUAUUAGAAAAAAAUGUGACAAAAAGUAUAGUUCGAGACGGAUGGUAAAAUCAUAUGAGUCAAGUGAGAAACGAUUUGUAACAUUUACACUUGCACCUGUCGAUGUCAGACAUUGUAGACUGCGUCUUCCAAUGCAAUUCUCCAGAGAGAAUGGCAUCAAUAAGCCUGGCAAGAUAUAUCUGUUGGGUAAUGAUGGUUCAAAGUGGCUGGCAAACCUUCUCCUGGAAAGCAGAGGAAGAAUGACAGUGGGAGACGGCUGGAAAUCAUUUGUCAAGGCAAACGGCUUAAAGAUCGGCGAAUCCUACACACUCGAGUUGAAAUGGGAAGACACAACUCCUGUGCUCUGUUUGUGCCCUGAAGAGUAUAGCAUGUACAGAGGAGCAGGAGGGUGUUCAGAAGCAAGCGAGAAAGAGUCUCUUCUCAUACAACCUAGCAGCGGAAACGAAAUUAUGACAAUUGAAAACAUAGAUGAAAAUAGGAAAGAGGAGAGCAGCUCAUGGGAGAAAGAGAAGAAUCAUCUGAGAAGGAGUGAUUCAACGUCAACAAGCCAAAACCGAUUCCUGACACUAACAAUUACACCUGACAGUCUCAGACAUGGUCGACUGCGUAUUCCAUUGCAAUUCAUGCGGGAGAAUAGGAUGAACACGCCUGGGGAUAUAACUCUUUUGGGUAAAGAUGGUGCAAAGUGGCUGGUAAGCCUUUUACUGGAAAGAAGAGGAAGAAUGAGUUUGGGAAAGGGAUGGAAAGAUUUUGCUAAAGCAAAUGGCUUAAAGACGGGCGAUUCCAUCACGUUGGAAUCAAUUUGGGAAGACGCAACUCCUGUGCUCAGUUUGCUCCGUAUAGAGCCUAACAGUGAUGGACGGCAACAAGGUGAGUACUCAAUAGCAAGAGAGAAAGAGACUAUUUUCACAGAACUUAGCAGUGGAGAGAGCAGAAAGUAUCCUCUUGGAAGGCUAGAUUCGUCUUUAGCAAUCCAGUCAACAGUUUCACCUGAAAUAGGUGUUUCUCAUCAUCUUCGAAUUGGCGAGAUCGCCGUUUUCCGACAUGAAGGAGAUAUGAUGUUCCAGGUCUCAGAUUUCGGACCCAGCUGCUGUGAGAUUCGAGAUGUACUAACUCCAAUCAGAAACCAUUAUCAGGAAAACAUUGGUAGCAUUUCGUUAAAAAUGCAUCCGCACUUAAGAAAAGAAGCAGGCUUUUCAUCAUAUGAUGGUGAUGAUCAGUACAACAUUGGUAUAUUCAAGCUUCCGAGAAAGAAGAAAGUGAAGUUGAACAACCCAGGAACAGAAGCAGUUUUUUCAUCAGACCGCUCUUGUUUUGUAGCACACGUGACAGCUUCAAAUCUACACACAAAUGCUCUGCCUCUUCCACAAGAGCCUCUUCCACAAGAUUUCUCAAGCUCAGAUGGUCAUAACAGGAAAUGUCCCAAGAAUAGUCCGACACAGAUAAUCUCAUCAUAUUCUUCAAACGAGAAGCACUUAGCAACAUUUACACUUGCACCUGUCAAUGUCAGAAAUUGUAGACUGCGUCUUCCAAUGCAAUUCACGAGGGAGAAUGGGAUAAACAAGCCUGGGAAGAUAUAUCUGUUGGGAAAAGAUGGUUCUAAAUGGCUGGCAAAUCUUCUCCAGGAAAGCAGAGGAAGAAUGACUUUAGGAGACGGCUGGAAAAGUUUUGUUACAGCAAAUGGCUUAAAGACGGGUGAAUCUUUCUCACUCAAGUUGAAUUGGGAAGACACAACUCCUGUGCUCAGUUUGUGCCCUGCAGAGUAUAGCAUUGACAGUAGAGAAGAAGGAGGGUGUCCAGAAGCAAGGGAGAAAGAGCCUCUUCCCAUAAAACCUAGCAGCGGAAAAGAGAUCAGCAUAUCCUAUAACAACGAAGAUGAGAACAGCAAAGAGGAGAGCACCUCUUGGGAGAGAGAGAAGAAUCAACUAAUAUCGAGCAAUUCAAGUUCACCCAGCCAAAACCGAUUUCUGACAUUAACUAUCACACCUGACAGUCUCAGACAUGGUAGACUGCGUCUUCCAUUGCAAUUCAUGAGGGAGAAUAGCAUGAACACGCCUGGAGAUAUAACUCUUUUGGGUAAAGAUGGUGCAAAGUGGCUGGUAAGCCUUCUACUAGAAAGAAGAGGAAGAAUGAGUUUGGGAAAGGGAUGGAAAGAUUUUGCUAAAGCAAACGGCUUAAAGACGGGCGAUUCCAUCACGUUGGAGUCAAUUUGGGAAGACGCAACACCUGUGCUCAGUUUGCUCCGUAUAGAGGCUAGCAAUGAUAGAGGGCAAAGUGAGUUUUCAAAACUGUCUCUUUCCACAGGACGUAGCAGUGGGAACAAGACAAGGAAAGCAGAGAACAAUAGAGAAGGGAGUAGCUCAGGGGAGUUUGAGAAAAGUAAAGAUCUUCUUAGAAGAGUGCAUUCAUCUUUAGCAAUCCAAAACCGAAUCGUGAUGUUAACACUUACACCUGAAGAUGUCAGAGAUUGUAAGCUGCAUCUUCCUAGCCAAUUCAUGAGGACUAAUGGCAUCACCAAGCCUGGAAAGAUAACUAUGUUGGGUAGAAGCGGGAUGAAAUGGUUUGCAUAUUUACUAUCAAACGACGGAGCUGUCGCUUUAGGAAAUGGUUGGAAAGGUUUUUGUGAGGCUAAUGGCGUGAUGGUAGGAGAAUCUUACAUUUUGGAAUACAUUCCCAGAGAAGACACAGAUCAUGUAUUUAAGUUUUGCUCCAACUUCGGAGACCAAAUACAUAACUGGUAACUAGUACCAAGUUUUUUCAAAACUUUUUUUAUGUGGUUAUAGCACGGAACGAUGCUCAAGGUAUAUAUAUAUGGAUACAUUUGGAAU